UUUGGUAUUCGGCCCCACACACCGGAAGCUGAUUGGCUAUCCGGGAUUGCACUUCCGCUGGUGGUUUCGGACGGCACUUUUUGCGGUAACGGUCCCUGACAUGUUAAAUCACACCGUGAACUCGGUAUAAAAUGGCGGCUCCGUGGACUAACGACAAAGAGGAGGAGUUCGUGGCUAUGAUGGAGGGAAAGCCGGAAUUAUUCGACAACACGGAGAUGAAUUUCACCAACAAGACGGCGAAGAUGAACGCCUGGCUGGAGCUGGCUAAACACUUCCAGAUACACGAGAAAGAUCUGCGUAAGAAGUGGGACUCUCUCAGGACUCAGUACAGCAGAUACACUAAGAUGAUGUACGGAUCAGACGGACGCUUCUUCACCCCGAGGCAGCAGUGGAUCAUGCAGCGCCUCAAGUUCCUCGAUCCUCACAUCAAGCGCAGGAUCAACUACUGCACCGACCUGGACUACGAGGUGACUGUGGUUGAGAAUGGCUGUGAGGACUCGAACCCUGCUCAGGUGGACGUGGAGAUCGAGGCGGACAGCUUGAACAAACUGGAGAUGAACCUAGACACGUCCAAGCUCACCAAGCAGCUCUCCAAACGUGGCUUCCAGGAUGAGGACGACGAUGAAGUACGUUCCUGUGGAGCCAAGAAAACCUGCUCUGACAAACCCAGCCCACAGAUGUUCCCCAAAACCUCCGUUUCCAAGCACCAGUGUGACGAGGAGGACGAGGACGAAGAGUCGGAUUCUGCGAGUCUGAGGAGGAUCGUGUGCAGCACCAUGGAGGAGAAGAAGGACGAGCGCUGGGACGGUUUCUCCGUGUACGUCACUUCCUGUCUCCGCAGCUUGAACUCGUCCCAGAGCCGCAUGAACGCGCAGGAGGACGUGUGCGCUGUGCUGCAGAGACAUAUGGAGCGAGACGGUGAGGACGACGAGGACGGAGCAGGGGGCAGGAGCGAGGUGUGCAGGAGAACCUGCUCCACCUGCUGUGGCUCCAGGAAGAACAGGAGCGAAGGUGGUGCCAGCAACCUGGCCAAGUCCACCAUGGACGAUCAGGACGACCUCGAGCCCUUCUUAAAGUCCAUGUCCAUCAUCAUGAAGAAGUUACCUGAAGGCGAGAGGUCAGAGGUCAAGUUCAGGAUCCAUGAGCUGGUGUACAAAGCCCAGAUGAAACAUCUAACUGAACAGAGGAGUGAACAAAGGAACACACAGAGCUCAUCUGCUCUAUGAGCUGCGUUACACACACACACACACACACACACACACACACACACACACACACACAUAUAUAUACUGUAUGUGGCACUUUUGUACACAGCUUUAUAACUCUCUUUUAGUAAGUUAUAAAUAUAUAUAUUUAAAAUAACAUCUGUGAGGAAUAAAUCAGAGAUUUAUAGUGUUUUCUGCUGGAACAGUAAAAACACCGAAAGUCUUCAAAAAAAAAAAAAUUAAAGUUUCUACUUUUUAUAUUAAAAAGUUAAAACCUCUAUCGCCAGGCUCAGGGUUGCCAGGUUCACCAGGAUCCCUCACAGGUGUGUGAAAGAUACGUAUAACGUUGACAAGCGAAAUAAUAACUAAAAGAAAAAUGGAGCAAUAAAUUAUGUAUGAAACGUUACAUAUGUGACGUGAAGAGUGUGCAGGUGGUGCUGCAGACAUGUUCCUCAGCUGUUCCUCAGUCUUCUAGUACGAAUGAUUUCCUCAGUCGGAGUCAUUCGGAUGGUGAGAUAUGUGGGUUUGAUAUGACGGUAGUGAGAUAAGUCCAUGAUGGAGUUUGUUCAGUGCUCGUCUCUCCUCGAACAUCUCCGAGUGAUGGUCCACUUAACAUCAGACACACUGACGCUGCUCCAUGAGCUGGUCACCACAGACCGAGAGAACAUCUUCAGCUGAAAGUUCCUCAGGAAAUCGAGUCUGCUCUAGUCCUCCAGUCCAGUCUGAUGUCCAAGCCCACCUCCUCAUCUCUGAUGUUUCUGCGCUUACACACAGAUGACUCCUGCUCCAUCUCUCCACAAAGUUCCACCAGUUCCUCUGUCCACCUUAAUAAACACGCUAUAGAUCCCUCAGAAAGCUUCUACAGACGGCACGAGUCGGAGGUUCACCUGAAGUCUGAGGAGAACAAGGUGUUGAUUCUGAACAAGUGUUCUUUCAUGCUGUACACUAUUAACAUGUUUCGCUUUAAACUCUUAAUAAAAUCAUAAACAUCA